AAGCAAGCACGUAACACUCAAAAAAAAAAACAAAAAACAAAAAAGAAAAUCAGUUCCUCCUCCUCAUCAUCCUCUUGAAACCUAAAUUAAAUUCGAUUUUGAGACGGAAAAGCUCGACAAUUCGCCGCCGGAGUAAACAGUCGGAGCUAUGGCGAUGCAAACCGGAAUCGGCUUAUCAAGGAUCUUCCUCUUAGCUGGAGCAGGUUAUACUGGUACGAUUAUGAUGAAGAACGGCAAAUUAUCUGAUAUAUUGGGUGAAUUGCAGUCUCUGGUGAAAGGAAUGGAGAGAUCAGGAGAAGAGGGAGAUUCUGAUGUUUCCGAUGCUAUAGCUGCUCAGGUUCGUCGUUUGGCUAUGGAGGUUCGGCAGCUAGCUUCAGCAAGGCAGAUAACGGUUAUGAAUGGUGUUUCUGGUGCAAAUUUGCAAGCACUUGCUGUUCCUGCUGCGGCGUUGGGAGCUUUAGGGUAUGGUUAUAUGUGGUGGAAGGGAGUCUCGUUCACUGACCUUAUGUAUGUGACCAAAGCUAAUAUGGCUACUGCUGUGGCUAACUUGACUAAGAAUCUUGAGCAAGUUUCAGCGACUCUUGCGGCUGCGAAAAGGCAUUUAACGCAAAAGAUUCAGAAUAUGGAUGAUAAGGUGGAGAAGCAGAUUGAUCUCUCCAAGGAAAUCAAGAACCAGGUCACUUUGGCUCGUGGAGAUAUCAGCUCGCUUGAGAAUGAGUUGCAGUCAUUGAAUGAUUUGAUUAGUGGUCUGGAUGGGAAGUUGGAUACGCUGGAAUACAAGCAGGAUGUUACAAAUGUUUGCAUGCUACACUUGUAUAACUAUUUUGGAGGCAAGAGCACUAAACUGCCUGACAUGGAGCUGCUUCAACUUCCUGUGAACCAGAAAGCUCGUAAUUUACUUGCAGAUGUUGAAACCAAGGGGCUGAAAAACUUUGCUGGACAACUGCUUAUGAGCAAUGACACAGAGGGAGGUACAACCACAGUGAGAAGAAUUGAUAUAACCAAGGCUAAUGACAAGUCGAAGCCGUUGUUAUCAAGGGUUACUUCAGCUGGGUGUUGAUGUCGAAGUUUCCUAAAGAAAGUUGGUAUAUACAACAAUGAACUCUUAUACAAAUGUGGAAGUUCUCUUAUAUUUAUUUUUGUGGCUUGGUUUGUUUCUCCUCCCCCCCUAAACUUUGGGUAGUAUGAUAUUUUGGUUUGUACUUUGGGAGUAUUUCCUUGGACUUGUUUGUUUAUUGACAUGGACAUGGGUUGUGUCCGCUUUUGGACUUUUGAAGCAAAUAAAAUGAAGUUGAUGG